AGCUGCACUUGCUCAAGGUGAAGGGCACAGUUUCCUUGAUGAUAGAGUAAGUAAUUCAAGCGAUGGAGGAUGGCAACUGGCAGAGAGCCCAGACUUUGCCCGUGCAGAGCGCGGUGCCCGCACGCAGGAUGCCCCGAAGCCUCUCCGAUAACGACCUGUGCCCUAGGUCCAGCCUGGACGAAGCCAGCAUGGAAGACUUCUCACUGCUUCACUCCCAAGUGCCAAGAGUCGAGUCCACGUGGCAGAACGCGCUGCUCUGCGCAGUGAGUCUACUGACCGGCUGCUUGAUGCCUGCCCUCGCGGACCACUCCCGCACGGCCACGCUCUAUGGCCCAGAGGGGAUAAAGAUCGAGAGGCGGCUGCCCUACAGAGCCUCGUCGGUGAUAAUGGCUGAGGCGGCCAUCAACGUGAUGAUUGGGGUGGUGGCCAUCCUGUGUCGCUCUGGUAGCUGCCUCUUCAGCCGAGCGCAGCACCUGCAGAUGCUGCCGCUCACGCUGGUGUACUGUCUUGGGGAUGUGGCUGCCCUCAGCGCCAUUGGCAGCGGGGGAGGCCUCUUGUACCUCACCGUCAUCAAUUCCAGGCUGCUCUUCGCGGCCGCGGCCUCCAAAGUGUUGCUGAAUCGCCGGCUGACGCAGAGGGAGUGGGCGCUCUUCGCCGUGAUCACGGUGUCCAUCGUCCUCUUCGCCGCUCAGCGCGGGUCGCACGAUGCCAGCAGAGAAGGCGCCGCCAUUGGCUGCAGCCUGGCCUUGCUGAAGGCGUUGCUCGGCGCGGUGGCCGCAGUGCUCACGGAGAGCCGGUACAGGAGCCUGGACAUUUGGGAGGCCAACACGCUGCUCAAGAUGCAAACCUUCAUGGUUGCCCUGGUCUUUGCGCAGCUGGGCCAGUUUUUUCUGGAGGAUAUUGCCAACUGCCCCCAAGGCGACCUUUCCAAGUUGACCGAGAAAUGCAUCGACCGAAGGGGCUGGGAUUCCUGGACCUGGGUGGUCGUGAUCGCGGAGGUCGGCAAUGGAUGGCUGUCAGUGGCAAUCCUGACACGCAUGUCCGCCAUUGCAAAAUUCAUUUGCAAAACUGCCACCGCGCCGACGCUGUAUGUCGCGUACUACUUCACCGGCCGGAAUUCCUUUGAGGCCAGAGCGUUCCUGCCGAUCCUUCUGAUGACCGUUGGCAUUCUGCUCUACGCCCAGGAGACUUUCAAAGCAAUCUGGCCGUUUGGCCGUCCAGAAAGCUGGGCUUCGAGUUAUCGUGGAGUCGGCAAAGCGAAUGCUUCAGUCUAGAGUUUCGGGCCCCAAACUCAAUGUGCGUUUGGG